AUGGGUGAAGAUUAUUUUGGAUUCUCUUGGAUACGCAAUGAGAACAGAAAAAACAUCACCAUAUAUAUUAACAAUCCAGCGGACAUCUCAGUGAUUGUUAUAUAUUUUCUGGUGGUUCUAGCUGUGGGAAUAUGGGCAAUGGUACGGACCAAUCGAGCCACAGUGGGAGGCUUUUUCCUGGCUGGCAGAAGUAUGGUGUGGUGGCCAAUUGGAGCCUCUCUCUUUGCAAGUAACAUCGGAAGUGUGCAUUUUGUGGGAAUAGCAGGAACUGGAGCGGCUGCUGGUAUUGCUAUCGGGGGGUUUGAGUGGAAUGCUCUUGUUCUCGUGAUUGUUCUGGGAUGGCUUUUCGUGCCCAUCUACAUAAAGGCUGGGGUCGUGACCAUGCCAGAGUUUCUGAAGAAACGCUUUGGUGGGCAGCGGAUCCGGAUCUACCUGUCCGUGCUUUCCCUGUUUCUUUACGUUUUCACCAAAAUCUCUGCGGACAUGUAUGCUGGAGCCAUUUUCAUCAGCCAGGCUCUGGGACUAAACAUUUACCUGGCUGUUGUUAUUUUGCUGCUCAUUACGGCUCUUUACACAGUAACAGGUGGUCUAGCUGCAGUCAUCUACACAGACACCCUGCAGACCAUCAUCAUGGUUGUGGGAUCAUUCAUUCUUAUGGGUUUUGCGUUCAAUGAGGUGGGAGGCUAUGAGAACUUCAAAGACCGAUACAUGACUGCGAUCCCGUCAGUGGUGGGAGUGAACAUCAGUGAAGAGUGCUACACUCCUCGUGCAGACUCAUUCCACAUCUUUAGAGACCCCAUCACCGGCGAUCUGCCCUGGCCUGGCCUGGUCUUUGGUCUUUCUAUCCAAGCCACCUGGUACUGGUGCGCUGACCAGGUGAUUGUGCAGCGCUGUCUGUCUGCCAAGAACCUGUCUCAUGUGAAAGCGGGCUGCAUCCUGUGUGGUUACCUCAAACUUCUGCCAAUGUUCCUCAUGGUUUUCCCUGGCAUGAUCAGCCGAGUGCUGUACACAGAUGAGAUUGCAUGCGUGGAUCCAGCAGAGUGUGACUACUACUGUGGAGCCAGUGUGGGCUGCAGUAAUAUUGCUUAUCCAAAACUAGUGGUGGAUCUGAUGCCAAACGGUCUCAGAGGGUUGAUGUUGUCCGUCAUGUUGGCCUCUCUGAUGAGUUCACUCACUUCCAUCUUUAACAGCUCCAGCACACUCUUCACCAUAGACAUUUACACCAAGAUCUGCCCCAAAUCCAAGGAAAAGGAGCUCAUGAUCGCGGGGAGGGUGUUCAUGCUGUUUCUGAUCGGCGUGAGUAUCGCGUGGAUCCCCAUCGUUCAGUCGGCUCAGAGCGGGCAGCUCUUCGACUACAUUCAGUCCAUCACCAGUUAUCUGGCUCCACCCAUUGCUGCUGUCUUCACCCUCGCCAUUUUCUGCAAGCGAGUCAAUGAACCAGGUGCUUUCUACGGGUUGUGUAUUGGUCUGUUGGUGGGUCUGGCACGUAUGAUAACUGAGUUUGCCUACGGCACAGGCAGCUGCGUGAGUCCCAGUCACUGUCCCACGAUCAUCUGUGGUGUGCACUACCUCUAUUUUGCCCUCAUCAUCUUUGGCCUGUCCUGUAUAUUGAUACUGGGCAUCUCCCUCAUGACCAAACCCAUUGAUGACAAACAUGUGAUUGUGCAGCGCUGUCUGUCUGCCAAGAACCUGUCUCAUGUGAAAGCGGGCUGCAUCCUGUGUGGUUACCUCAAACUUCUGCCAAUGUUCCUCAUGGUUUUCCCUGGCAUGAUCAGCCGAGUGCUGUACACAGAUGAGAUUGCAUGCGUGGAUCCAGCAGAGUGUGACUACUACUGUGGAGCCAGUGUGGGCUGCAGUAAUAUUGCUUAUCCAAAACUAGUGGUGGAUCUGAUGCCAAACGGUCUCAGAGGGUUGAUGUUGUCCGUCAUGCUGGCCUCUCUGAUGAGUUCACUCACUUCCAUCUUUAACAGCGCUAGCACACUCUUCACAAUGGACAUUUACACCAAGAUCCGCCCCAAAUCCAAGGAAAAGGAGCUCAUGAUCGCGGGGAGGGUGUUCAUGCUGUUUCUGAUCGGCGUGAGUAUCGCGUGGAUCCCCAUCGUUCAGUCGGCUCAGAGCGGGCAGCUCUUCGAAUACACUCAGUCCAUCACCAGUUAUCUGGCUCCACCUAUCGCCGCUGUCUUCAUCCUCGCCAUUUUUUGCAAGCGAGUCAAUGAACCAGGUGCUUUCUACGGGUUGUGUAUUGGUCUGUUGGUGGGUCUGGCACGUAUGAUAACUGAGUUUGCCUACGGCACAGGCAGCUGCGUGAGUCCCAGUCACUGUCCCACGAUCAUCUGUGGUGUGCACUACCUCUAUUUUGCCCUCAUCAUCUUUGGCCUGUCCUGUAUAUUGAUACUGGGCAUCUCCCUCAUGACCAAACCCAUUGAUGACAAACAUGCUGUACAAAUCAUGCAGUUAGUUGAAGAUGACUGGACUGAAGAUCAGGAUUCAGACUCUAUGCAAACAGAAGAGGUGCAUGAGGAUCCAAGCUGUUGGAAGAAGGCCUACAACUGGUUCUGCGGCUUUGAUCAAGGCAAUGCACCUAAACUGACUAAAGAACAGGAGGCGGAGUUGAUACAAUGCAAGGAAAAUAUGGCAGCUUGUGCUGGUCAACUGAAGUCUUCGUAA